AUGACCCAAACCCAAAGACUCGCGUCCUUCCCCAGCGGCCGCACGUGGUCGCUCUCCGAUUUUCGUAUGGGCGAGCGGGUGGGCGCGAGCCGGCUCAGCGCGGUGUACCACGCGAUGCACAAGAGCACGGGCAUGGAACUCGCGCUGAAGUGUUACCUGAGGGACAGGCUGGAUGCCUUCUCGCUGGCGCAGAUCAAGCGCGAGGUGAGCAUCCACGCCAAACUGGCGCACCCCUCCGUGGUUCCAUUCUACGGGUCCUUCGAGGAUGAGCGCGGAAACAUCUACCUGCUUCACGAGUACGCGCGGGGCGGCGACGUGUUCGCGCUGAUGAACAAGAGCGGCGGGACGUUCUCGGAGGCUCAGACGUGCAGGCAGGUCAUCCAACCCGUCGCGUCCGCGGUGGCGUACCUCCACGCCAGGGGCAUCACGCACAGGGACAUCAAGCCCGAGAAUCUGCUCGUGAGCGACGUCGACGCGGCGUGCAAGGUGACGGACUUUGGGUUCGCCAUGGACUUCACGCAAAACCAGUGCAAGACCCGACUGGGAACCACGGACUACAUGGCGCCCGAGAUUGUGCGGUGCGAUAAGGCCAUGAGGGAAAGGUUACGGGCAGAGAACAGGAGCGGGUACGGCCCGGAGGUUGACUGCUGGGCCAUCGGGGUGCUCGCGUACGAGUGCCUCGUGGGCGCCGCGCCGUUUGAAGGGGGCGGGACGGAGGAGGUGUACGCGCGGAUCCUCACGGGAAAGUACCACCUCCCGGGCAGGUUCACCCCCGAGGCUGCAGACUUUAUCGCGCGCGCCCUGGACCUCAACCCGGGCACGCGGAUCUCCGCCGAGCAGAUGCUGCGCCACCCCUGGAUCGUCGCGCACACGCAAUCGAGCGAGCCGAGCCCCGAGCCGGCGCGCCGGCGUCGCACGUCGAUGCAGAGCAACCUGAGGGACGUGCUGGAGAACGAACCGUCGGUCAUGCUGUCGGAGGAUGAGCCCGGCGAGCAGCCCGAGGUGUUUGGCCUGAGGAACCCGGCGAGUACCGACCUCUUGUCGUACUCGGCGUCUUCGUCGCCCGCGGGUUUGGCGGUUGGUGGGGCGGGGCUCGGCGGCGGUCAUCGUCAGGGGCAUGGGCCCGGCGAAGUGGCGGAGGUUUUCGGUCAGGGACCUCCGGGACGGUUCGAACCGCACCAAAACUACCACCGAGCGAGGAGCGACCCGCAGCAGAGGGCGCUCGCGAACGCGUCGGCGAUGCGCUACAACUCGGAGGAGAAUUCGCAGGACGACUUGCGCGCGAACUCGUUCUCGCACAGGAUUCACCACACGUUCAAGCGGGGUUGGGGACGGGUUCGGGAGUUCAUAUACAGCGGGGAGUCCGGUGUGGACAGCAUGUACGAGGGGGAGAUGUCCCCGGCUGGGUACAGGUCGCCGAGCAUGAGCAGCCCGGUGGCGCCUCACCCGAUGGCGGGUAUCGAGGACUCCGAUCAGAUGACGGAGUAG